AUGAGCAACCUGCAAUUCGGGUUUAAAGAACAAACGUCAACUGCUAAUGCAAUACAAAAGGCACUUGAUGUAAUUCAGGACGCUAAAGCCAAAAAACUACAAGUACUUGCUAUAUCUCUCGACAUACAAUCCGCAUUUAAUAAUGCAUGGUGGCCAGCAAUUUUCCACAGACUUAACAAUACACACUGUCCUUCUAAUAUUUACAAACUAUUACAAAACUAUGUUCAAGAUCGAACGGUCAAGCUUGAUUUUGCAGACAGUUCAGCUACUAGACCUAUGUACCGGGGUUGCAUACAAGGUUCAGUGUGCGGCCCUAUGCUGUGGAAUCUGAUGCUAGAUGAGCUACUAAUGUCUGAACUACCACAGGGAUGCCACCUUCAAGCUUUUGCUGAUGAUAUUCUAUUAAUUACUCAAUCAAAAGACAUAAGAACUCUUGAAAAGAUUACUGAGGAUGCACUCACUAAAAUAGUUAAUUGGGGAAAUAGUAUCAAACUUAAAUUUGGCCCACAAAAAACACAGAUUAUAUCGUUCACCAAUAAAGCCCGCAAGUGUCAUAUUACGAUGAAUAAUCAACCGCUUCUAUUUUCUCGACAAAUCAAAUAUCUAGGGGUCAUCAUAGAUCAAAAACUAAAUUUUAUUAAACACGCUGAACACACAAUAAAUAAAGCUUAUAACCUCUUUCAAAAGCUUUCUAAAUUCAUAAAACCUACCUGGGGGAUAAAUCCCGAGAAUGUCCGUAUUAUCUACAAUGCUGUCAUAGAGCCAAUAAUAUGUUAUGCUGCAAGCAUCUGGCGCCCGGCACUAAAAUACAAAUAUGUUCAAAAACGCCUGCUCUCACUGCAACGAAAUUUCGCAAUAAAAAUUAUAAGAGGUUUUCGAACCCUAAGUACUGCCACUGCUAUCUCCCUAGCACAACUACCUCUAUUAAAUAUUAAAAUAGAAAAUUUUGCUGAUUUAGAAAUAACCAAACAUCAACAAACAUCUAAAUUCCUCCCAAAUGAUAUACAAUUGGAAAUUCCUGCUACACCAGCGGAACUCCUGCACCCAUCUAAAAGAAUAGCAAUAAAGUUUCUUGAAGUCACAUGCCAGGAAGAAAUUGAACAACAGGAAAGAAAAGCAAAAACAGCUUCUUGGUGGAACAAAGGGAUACAAGAUAAAAAAGUGAUCAUGAUCAGGAAAAGACGAAGGAUAAAAAACGCACACCCUGGAAGAAGAAAACAUGUAGCAGACCAAUAUUUGGAGGCGAGACGUGACUACAUCAACGCUAUAGAAAAUGCCACAACUACAAGCUGGGUAAAUCUUUGCAAUAAGGAAGAAAAGGAAUCUAUGUGGCAAAGAACAUACAGAAUCUUAAAAAUAUGUUCAAAUAAAGAAGAGGAUAAACUGCUUCGGAAUUCCAGCGGCCGAACUCUUUCAGAGUUGGAAUCAGCUAAAUACCUCGCUGAUACGUUCUAUCCAGACGACAAUCCAGACACAGACAAUGAGGAACACGCCGAGAUGAGGAAUACAACGCAAAAAAUUAUAAAAAAGAUCAAUAACGAAAAUAUUCCCUCUCCAAAUUUAUUUACUCAAGACGAAAUUGAACAAAUUCUCAGGAACAUGAAUCCAAAGAAAGCUCCUGGAGCAGAUGGACUACCAUCGGACAUUUGCCAAGCUGCGUUUGACAGCAACCCAGAGGAAGUAAUGAACACUGAAGAUGUCAUCAUAGGAGGUGAUGCUAAUGCAAGCAGUAUCUGGUGGGGUUGCAAGGCAGAUGAUAAAAGGGGAACACUAUUAAUGGAAACGGUAGCAGAACUCAAUCUCGAGAUACUAAACACUGGCAAAUCUCCUACAUUUAGUGCAUAUAGAAUGGGUUCACUCUGCUCGAGCAUAAUAGACAUCACAUUAUGCACAUCCUCUCUGCUACACAAAAUCUAUAACUGGAGAAUAGAUGAUUCUUUUGGCACCAUCUCUAAUCAUAAGCCCAUACUUUUUAACCUCGCUAUAUCAAACAAGCCACAGCAGAGAAAAAUCAAUAGUACCAGGAAAUUCAACACGAGAAAUGCUGACUGGAAUAGCUUUAGAACAGAAUUAGAGAAAGCAAUAGAUACAAAGGGUAUCACCAAAGAAAGCAUAGAAAAGGUAAGGACAAUAGAAGAUCUAGACAAAACAGUAGUAGAUUAUACAGAAUGUAUCUUGGAAGCCAGUAGUAAAACUAUUCCUACAAUAAAAAGAAAACAAAUUUCUAAAGCAGCGAAAUGGUGGAACGCGGAACUAAAAGAAAAAAAAGACGAAAUGAUCAGAAUUCGUAGAAGAAUUAAGAACGCACACCCUAGACGCAGAGACCAUGUCAUACAACAAUACUUGAUCGCCAAAGAAGAUUAUACAACAAGUAUUGAAAGAGCAUCCACAAAGAGCUGGAAAGACCUGUGCAAUAAAGAAGAAAAAGAAACCAUCUGGCAACGAACAUACCGCAUUCUAAAAGUAUGUACAAACAGGGAGGAAGACAAACUAUUAAGGGACCAAAACGGAGAAAUCCUAUCGGCAAAACAAUCAGCAGCUCUUCUAGCUGAAACAUUUUACCCAAAGGACAGUUGUAACACAGACACAGAAGAGCAGUCAGAAAUAAGGGAAAGAGUAAAAGAACUCAUUACACGGAUUAAUAACCAACAUACUGAUACCAUGCGACUAUUUACACAAGUCGAAAUAGAACACAUACUGAAUAACAUGGACCCAAAGAAAGCACCAG